AACAAUAAACACUGGGGGCCUUUUCCCUGAAAGACUGACCAAAGACUAAACUAUCCACACAUAACAUACUACAGCUACUGUGUUUCCUCUUGUAUCUUACAAAUGUCAUACAGUAACUACUGCUGACAGGCAUGAGCUCAAACACACUUUCUGCUGUGUUGCAGAAGCACAUUCACCGCCUGUGUCUGAAUGACUUUCCUUGUGGAUAUGGCAGCUGGAGAAAGACCAAAGACAGUACAGAGGGAGCAGAGGCAGAGGAGACAGAUGCCCUCCUGGAUCUACUGAGCUGCCCUCACUCUCCAUGGCGGCAUGAUGAAUCAUGGAGCCCUCAAGCUCUGGCCCUGAGACAACUGGCUGUGCUCACACCUGAACAUCUGCACACUGACUUCAUUUACAAAUACUUUACUACACUUCGAAUUGUGGACAAGGACGUAUCUGUAAUCGACGACGGCCUGUUAAAGUUCUCAAAGCUGGAGGAACUGGUGCUGAGUGCCAACAAUAUCUCAGAAAUCCCUGCAGUAACCCUUCCCAGCACCUUGAAGAUUUUGGAGUUACAUGCCAACCGGUUGUCUGCUCUGAACAGUCUCACCAGCCGUCCGCCUCCUCGACUACAGUACCUCGGCCUCGGCUCAAACAGUCUGGGUUCCCAAGAAGACGUCUCUCACCUUACAGGAAGCCACUGGCCUCAGCUGGUGUGUCUGGACCUGAGUGACUGUGGGUUUCAGGACCAGCAGGCCCUGCUAAACGCCUUGAGCACGCUCCCCUGCCUCAGGACGCUGCUGCUGGAGGGAAACCCCUUCACUCUUGCGUCCUGCUACCCGGGCUUCACUGUGGACAGUCUCCCACAGCUUACUUGCCUGGACGCCUCAUGGAUCUCCCCUGAGGAAAGACAUUGUUUCAGGGGCUUGGCCAAGAUGACAGAUCUGAAAGUGGACCGGGCAUCAGCCACAGUGAGCGUGGGCAGGUUGAGGGGAAUCCCAGACCCGUUGAUGAGUGUGGAUGAAAACACUCCAGACUUCCCUGUUGUCACCUACGGCUAUUUUAUCACAUACCAGUUCCUUAGUCAUCAAACAACUGUUAACCUGAACUUCGACAGUGAGUCUAAAUUUGAUGCAGCAGGUACAGCGCAUCUGAAAGAAAACGCCUCCAGUGAUGCUGUCCUACAAUCAAACAAGAAUUGUGAAAAAGAAACAUCCAAACCAGACACAAGAGACCUGAUAGUGUAUACUGAGGAAACCUGCCAUGAUAGUGCACAUGUGUCAAGACACAACACAUCAAAGCUGACAUGGUCAGAGUGCAUGGACUUCAGCGACACACAAACGUACAUUGUUAGUGAUCUGGGAGGCUUAAAGAGAUUCCUCAAUCAAGGCCUUUAUCUGAGGAUAGAGGAGGAAAAGGUCCUGUCAUGGCCUGCAGCUUCCGAAGAUGCCCCAGUGGCCAAACCCAGUCAAACUGUAAAAGAGAAGAAAGGCGGAAAAGGGAAAGAAUCUCCAAUCAAAUCUGGUUCCACCAAAGACAAGUCUAAAGACAAAAAGAAGAAAUCUGUACCAGAGCUGAUCCAGGAUGCCCCCAUCAGAAGAAUCCUUGGGUCUGUCCACGUCCCCCUGCAAAGCCUGUUCAAAAGAGGUCAAAAGGUCGAUGUCCUCUGUGAUCUUGGUGCUCUGCACACAGAGUCUGGGGUGGAAGCUACGCAAACACUUGAAAAGGCUAAACAGGAUCCGGAAAAGAAAAUCAAAGAGGACAAGAAGAAGGAGGAGCGGAGAGGACAGAAGAAUACAGCAGUUUCAAAAGGCAAAGGAAAGGGAAGGAAGGAAUGUGAGAUGGAUGUCCACACAGACAACUCUGUGUCCGUCCAACUGGAACCAGUGACUGUGGAGUUGAGUGUGGAGCUGGAGAAAUGGCAGUCUGCAUCUGAAGCUCACAAACUUCUGCUCCCACACCAAAACUCCUAAAGCAAACAGCCUGUUUUGUCUUAAAGCAAGAUUAGCAGCUAAACCAUUUUUUUUUUUUUUUUUUUAAUCUGGCUUAUUUUAUUUAUUUUUUGACCUACUGUAAAUUAUGGAACCUCAUCCCUCCAAACUAGUCCUGGUUUUCAGGCUUAGCUUCACCUCAGGCUUAACCAGUAUUAACCAGUAUUACAAUCUACCCACCAGACAAAAUAAAAUAAGGAAAUACUCUUUUUCUUAAGUUACGCUUAAGGCUACUUAAGCACUUCAAUUAAAAUAAAGAACAUUUUUUAGCCCAAAACCUGAACAUAAAAGAGCAUGUCACAUAAAUAUAAAUAAAACCGACAAAAAGCAAAGUUUGGCAACAAGCAGUCUGAAGGACUGUUUCCACCACAUGGAGGCUAUUAUGUCACCUGUACAAACCAAGCAGCAUAAUCCAACUGAUAGAUGACUUCAGUUUCUCGCUAAAAAAUCUACAGUCCUAUCUGAAACCUCCAAAUUGUGUAAUGUCAUGUUGCAUGCUACAUAUGUAAGUUAAUGUUCUGCACAUAUGAUACAGAGACAAAUUUACUCAGGGGGCUUAACCAAACUCAAGAUGAGGCAAUUAUAAGAAGAGCACUGCAACAACCUGAACAAACAUGGAGGUCUACUUGUGAAUGUGUACAAAUAGUCUAAAAUAUGCUGUCAAACUUUCCUUUAUGGCUUCAUCUAUGACUUCAUUAUUCACCUAUUAUUAGCUCUUUACCACUAGUCUUCUCCAUUGUGAAUUAAUGUGGUCUGUGCUUAAUAUCUUGGAAAUGCUGAAUUACUUAAUAAGAAAAAGUGAAGAAAUGCCCCAGGGGACUGUUUUCUCUCUGUCA